AUGGAGAUAAAAUCCAAUCACCCAUGUAGAGGUAAUGAAUCCAAGGUUGAGAAGAGUAGGGCUGAAGAGACUAAUAAGCCAAAGAGGCCUACAAUUGCUUUCUUCAUUUUUAUGGAAGAGUUCAGGAAACAGUACAAAGAAAAACAUCCAAACAACAAAUUUGUUGCUGCUGUGGGUAAAGCUGCCGGAGAGAAGUGGAAAUCCUUUUCAGAUGCAGAGAAAUCUCCUUAUCAAGCAAAGGUAGAGGAAAUGAUGGCUGAAUACCAAAACAAGAUGCAGGCUUAUAACAUUAACAAAAAACAACAGGCUGCUGAUGUUUCUGCAUUACCAAGAGCAUUAAGAUUAAUAGCAGAUUGA